AUGAAUGACUAUGUGUGUAGAAGGUUCCUUUUUGUAAGGAACUGGUUUCCCGAUAAAUUAAUUGAUGGAAAUUAUCAGUUUAUUAGUGAUAAAGAGUUCAAUAAGUAUUGUAAUAAUAAUUGUGAUGGUGAUCUCGAUAAAAUUAAUGCUGGAUGUUUAUUGUUAUUUAAUGAAUUAUUUGGGAAUUCUGAAUUGUUUAAGUAUCAUAAUAACAUCAAUAUUGUUGAUUACAUUAUCAUAUGGUUAAGUUAUAUGUUAAGCCUAAAAUCACAUGAUAAUAUCAACAAUCUAAAAGAAUUUUUUGAUCAAUAUAUAAAUAAUGGUAAAGAGUAUAUUAAGGCUAUAAAUGGUGUUAGUGACUAUAAAAGUUACAAGGAUCUUAUAGAUAAAAAACAAGAGUUGAUGAGUAUUGAUAUUAAAGAUAUUUCUAAAUUUUAUGAUUCAUUUAUAUUAUUAUGUGACAUGCAUACUAAUUUUGAUGAAAACAAGAAAAAUUGCGCAGGAUGUUCGGAAAAAGCUAGUCAAUUUGCUAAAAAAUAUAAAGAAUUUAACAAUGGUUCUAAUAAUACUGAUAGUAUUUCAUAUAAACAAAUAUUGUCUAAUUUAUUAACUGAUUAUGAUAAUUUUAAAAAAUAUUGUAAUAGAAAAGGUGUUAAUUGUAACAAUUUUCCAUCCCUUCCAUCGAUAGAAAAAACAAAAACUACUGUAAAUUUGCCUGAGAAGGCUGAACAAAUUAUACAAAUUUUUAAACAGAGUGAGCAAAGUUCUGGAGAGAUUUCUGAACAAACUGCACAACAAAUUGUACAAAUUUCUGAAGAUACAUCAUCAAGUUCGUCGAUAGGAAACAAAUUAUUUACAGUUUUAUCGAUAUUUGGUGCAAUAACAUUUUUUUUAGGAAUUUCCUAUAAGUAUUCGUUAUUUGGACGUCGGAAACGAGCUCAAAAACAAUAUUUAAGAGAAAAAAUAAAAAAUAUAAAGAAGAGAAUGAAUCAUUAA